AUGGCAGCAGCAUCUGUUGAGGAAAUCAAAUUGGAAGACAUUCCCGUCGACGACAUUGACUUCAGCGAUUUGGAGAAGGAAUUUCAAGUCGAAUCUGAUGUCAACUUUGAUAACUUUGUUGUGGUCGAUGGUGCACCUAUCGCACCGGAAUCAAAGGUUCCUAUCUUGUCAAAAGUUCUAGGCAAACUCUUCUCGCAGGCUGGAAAAGUCGUUGAUAUCAAUUUACCUCUUGACGAAGCCAAGAAGAGCACCAAAGGCUAUUUGUUCGUUGAAUUCGACUCUGCGGUUUCUGCCAAGAAGGCCAUCAAGAUGCUCAACGGUAAAAAGCUGGACGUAAAACACAGACUUCUUGUCAACAGCUUGAGUGAUAUGGACAAGUUCGGCUCUGAAUCUUUCGAAAAUGAAUUCAAAGAGCCAAAAUUGCCAGAUUUCCAGCCUACUGACUAUUUGAAGUCAUGGUUGCAAGACGAACAAGGAAGAGACCAGUUCGUGCUACACAAAAAUGACGUGAUCGGAGUGUUUUGGAACAGAAACACCCAACAGCCAGAUAACGCCGUGGAGCCAAGAUCCAACUGGUCGAACACCACGGUCAAGUUCUCGCCAAAGGGUACUUACCUGUUCUCUUACCACGACCAGGGUGUUGCCUCGUGGGGUGGUAAGAAAUUCGAGCGUUUGAGACGUUAUUUCCAUCCUCAAACCAAGGCACUCGACGUUUCUCCUACAGAAAAGUACUUGGUGACUUUAUCGCCGGAACCCAUCUCUGUUCCUGAAAACGCACCUGAAGAUUUUCCAUUUGGUCCUGAAUCCAAUGGUCACCAAUUGUGCGUGUGGGACGUGGCCACUGGUGUUUCUGUCAAGACUUUCGCCUUGCCUCCAGCUCAAGCAUUGCACUGGCCUAUGAUCAAAUGGUCUUUCGAUGAUAAAUACUGUGCACGUCUAGGUCCAAACGCUUUGGCCGUUUACGAUGUUGAGAACAACUUUGAACUACUCGGUGGUAAGAUUAUCAAGAUUGAGAAUAUUAUGAACUUCUCUUUUGCGCCCGCCGGUGUCAAGUUGGCCGUGAACAGAAACAACGAGCUUUCUUCCGUCCUAGCGUUCUGGACUCCAGAAUCCAAUAACCAAUCGUGCAAAGCCACCAUAAUGGAGAUUCCUACAAGAAGAGUGCUGAGAACGGUCAACCUCGUUCAGGUCUCCGAUGUGAGUUUGAUCUGGCAAGAACAGGCUGAAUACCUAUGUGUAAAGGUCGAUCGUCACACUAAGUCUGGUAAGACCUUCUUCACAAACUUGGAAAUUUGCAAGCUUACCGAAAAAGAUGUUCCUGUUGAGAAGGUUGAACUGAAGGAACUAGCUUUCAGAUUUGCCUGGGAACCAACUGGGCAACGAUUUGUCACUCUAUCACGUACAGAAGUUGUGGAUGACAAUCCAUCCAUCCCUAAAAAUGUCAUCACAUUCUUUGCUCCAGAAUUGAAGGAGAAGAACAGCAAAGACGAUAGUCAAAAAUGGAGAGCUUGUGCCACAGUCAGCGGAAAGUUUUCGAACACAAUCUCUUGGUGUCCAUCUGGUAGAUUCGUGUUGGUAGCAACUUUGGUCACACCAGACACCCGUAAAGCAGACUUUGAGUUUUUCGACCUUGACUACACGGGAGAGAAGAACGAUAAUACCCGCGAUGACGUGGCUGCCAAGGUGAAAUCCAUUGCUCACCCAGAUUUCUAUGGUGCUACAGAUUUGAGCUGGGAUCCUUCUGGUCGGUUCCUAGCCGUCUGGUCUUCCGCUGUCAAACACAAACUGGAGAACGGUUACAAGGUUUUCAAUGUCACUGGUGAAGUGGUGAGAGAAGAACUCAUUGAAAACUUCAAAAACUUUGUCUGGAGACCUAGACCCGCUUCUCUGCUGACGAAUGCGGAGAGGAAGAAGGUGAGAAAGAACCUGAGAGAAUGGUCUGCUCAAUUUGACGAAUCGGACGCCAUGCAAGCAGACAGUGCCUUGAGAGAGCUCAUCUUGCUACGUCGUUCGCUAAUGGAGGAAUGGUCCAACUACAGAGAUGAUAUCACCAACGGCAUGAAACAGGAAUACAACUACGAGAUUUUCGACUUUAUCGAAACGUCUGCUGUUGAUGAAGAGUUUGAAGUCGUGGAGGAGAUCAAGGAAGAGAUUCUGGAAGAGAAAGAGGAACAAGUGGACAGCUUCGAAGAUGCUUAG